AUGACUGUACGCAUAUGUGAAGCGCAUGAAUCAGUGCUGGUUGAGGCCUUGCUCUCUCUGGCACCGCCUCCCUUUCGCUCCGCCCCUUCUUCCCAGCUGGCUGGAUUUGCCCUUUUCUACCUGUCAAUCAUGUCGCUGCUAUGCGCUCUCUACUGCCACCUGGAAGAUUUUUUAGCGGCUGCAGAACCAGCUGUGUCUCCCCCUGCACAUCCUGGAAGAGCGAGGUUUGCCUCAGGUGGCCGGGACAGUUCGUGCACUCCUGGAUCUGGCUCCUCCGAAACACACGCCGUCCCCGAGCACGACCCCGACCGGCCCCAGCGCCGCCUCCCCCCUCGCUCUGUAGCAAUCUCCUCCCAGCAGGCCCAAAGAUCUUUAAGACUCCUUUCUGUUCUUGAGUGCCUCAUGAACGGUUCUGUAACGAAUCGCGUUUGCAUCCCUGAACACUAUGAAGACUAUGAAGUUGCUCUGUUUCUGUUUCUGACUGGACUUUUGGGCCGUGCACAAGGCUGGCAGAACAACUAUGACGGGCCUCUAAACUUUAACUGUCCUGCAGGCCAGUCAAUAUCCUCCAUUACGAGUGAAAACAGCAAUCACCAUGAGGACCGGCGUUGGGAAUUUGGCUGCCAAGCCACCUUUGGCCAGAGCGCAGAAUGUUACUGGACAAAUUACGUCAACGACUUCGACCAAGCGCUCCUGUUUGAGUGUCCAGCAGAACAUGUGAUGACAGGAACGAGCAGCUACCACAAUGACUACUUUGAGGACAGACGCUGGCGGUUUUACUGCUGUAGAAGUCCGUGUGUUACUAAAGACUGUCAUUGGACCUCGUAUGUGAACUCCUUUGAUGAGUACUUCACCUGGACUGUGCCUUCCAGGAACAUUCUGGUGGGAGCUCAAAGCUACCAUCAAAAUCAUGAAGAGUAG